AUGCGAGCUUGGCCUUGUCCCCCCUCCUGCAUCCAUCAUCGUGUGGAUAUUGGUUUCCAGUUUGGUGCUCCAAGCCAAACACCAUUUCAGUUUGGCAGCCCCAGCAUCACUUCAACGACAGCUGGUGCAGGGAUGGGGACUGCAGGAAUUCAGUUCGGCUCUUUGAGCAGUCAAGGCACAGCUUUUGGUGGAACUGGAUCCAGUGGCUUUCAGUUUGGCAUUACAUCAGCACCAGCAGCUAAUGUUGCAAGUGUAUCAUCUGCUACUACUGCAGGUGGAACUGGGGGACUAUUCCCUGGUUCAACCCCAACUCCAAAAUUUACUCUUCCCUUCCCUGCCACACCAACAAACCAAAGUACCCCAGCCACAGGCUUUGGUGUAACUCCAUCAGCAACAGGAUUUCAGCUUGGAGCAGCCACAUCAACAGGAAUGACCAGUGGAGAUGUGACUUCCACUCCUAUGUCAGCUGUCAAGUUUGGAUUUGGAACACAACCCCCUUCUACAAAUACUGCUACCUUUCCUACAUCCACUGGAAGCUUGCUCCAGUCAGCUACCCCUUCUUCAUCUGGUCCCCCUAGCUAUGGUUUUGGCGUCUCAACUCAAGGAAACUCCAGUGUUGCAGGCAGUUUUCCAUUCAGUCAGGCACCAGCUACAAGUGCAGGCACUACACAAAGUCUUGGUUUCAAUGCUUUUGGUACUCAGACCACACCAUUGCCAUCAUCUACUCUGUUUGCCAACAAUGCUUCAUCAAAAACUGUUACUUCUGGCUUCACUCUUGGACAAGGACCAGCUGCUUCUACUACUGUGACAGCAACCACAACUGCUUCAGUUGCCACCCCAUCAUUAGUACCUUUUUCUGCUGGAACAGUUCCAUCUGUCACAAAUGCUACAACAUCUGCAUUUGCAGUCACAUCUGGCUCAACUUCUUUUUCAUUGGCCAAGACUACAGGAGAUUCUUCUGCUACAACAACUACCAGUACAAUUGCAUCAACAGCACUACCUGGUGCUGGAGUCUCAGCACUGUCCUUCAGGCAGCUGGAGGAAAACAUUAAUAAAUGGAAUAAUGACUUGGAAGAACAUGUGAAACUCUUCCUUGGUCAAGCAACUCAGGUGAAUGCAUGGGACCAACUUUUGAUUAGCAAUGGUGAAAAGAUUAGUGAAUUGAAUGAGUCAUUGAGUAGAGCAAAAAGUGACCAAGAAAGACUGGAAAAUGAGUUGGAUUACAUAGCAAGUCAGCAGCGGGAGAUUGAAGAGAUCUUGACUCCAUUAGAAGCUGCUGUUGCAGAGCCAGUUCCACUCAAUGAAUCCCAUCCAGCUGACAUUCAGAGACAAGAAAUGUUCCAAGCGGCCUUGGAAUUGGACACUCGUCUUUCAGGAAUGGCAGAAGAUCUGAAAGAGAUCAUUCAGGUGGUGAAUGCGUCAGCUACAGCAAAACAAGAAGAUUCUUCAACACCAUUACGGCAGUUGGCCCAAAUUUUGAAUGCUCACAUGGAUUCUCUUCAAUGGAUUGACCAUAAUUGCUCCCAGCUCCAAGAACAAUUGGAUCAACUGAAUCAUCUGGUGAAGGGUGGACUCUCCCUCAAUUCUGGUAUCAAAUAGAAUUCACCUUGUUAAACUUUCCAUUUCAAUAAAGAUGCCAAUGAUGAUGAUGGAAACCAAAGUAGCUCUACUUCAUGUAGAAUAUAAAUAUGUACAAAAAAAUUGCUGAAAGAAAAGCCUCAAUAGAGUAUUGCCAUUCUGGGAAAGCUCAU